AUGCAAAUUCAUUUUCAAUGCUGCCAACAAACAGAGAGUCCACUUGUAGCCUACGACCAAAGCAAAUCGGAGGGUAAAAUUCUACUAGAUAAAAUUAAAGGAUGGAGAAAUGAGCAACAUGAGGUUGAAUUUUCUCAUUUUCUUGCGAGGAGAGAUCGAACCUUUGCUAUUACUCGUUCCGAUCAUCAAAUUUAUUGGAUCACAAGAUCAAUGUGUCAUAAAUUAGAAAAUAGAAUGAAGGUUUAUUUUGUUGCAUCGUCAUAUGGACAUGUUAUGUUUCUGACUGAUCCGAUAGAUCAAAAUACAGGAAAUUGUGUGGCAUACAAUCCUCAUGGAUAUACUGUUCAUCGAUUACCUAAUGGACAUUCCUAUACAGUUCCAAAGAAAUCAUCAGUAAUUGGAUUUCGUUUACAUGGAAGUGCUGAAUUAUUUGGGGGUGAAACUAAAACUUUCUCACUUGAUUUAUCUGAUCCUGGCAUGCUAGAAUUUCUCCAUAUGCAAGAUGUUGAGAAAUGUUUAGAUAUCAAUGAAUAUGUUGUUUACAUGAGUUGUGCGGCAUAUACGAGUAUUUUAUUAACAAAUCAUGGAAGAUUGAUGAUAUGUGGUUCUAAUGGAUUUGGUGAAUUAGGAUUUGAUGUAAAAGACAAUAAGACUGAAAAACUUGAUGUUCAUCCAAUUCAUAAACAAGACCCAAACUUGUUCUUUACUAAAACAGCAUGUGGAGAUCACAAUAUUGUUGUUAUUACUAAGGAAGGGUUAGUAUACGUAACUGGUUACAACUCUAGUAAUGAAUUAGGACUAAGCUCAACAUCUUCUGUUUUCCAAUUACAACCAUCAAAAUUGUUUAAUGAAUACGCUGCAAAAGAUCCAUUCAUUGAUGUUGCUUGUCACUAUUAUGGAGCUAUUCUAUUGGGCAAAUCAGGAUCUGUUUAUAUAAGUGGAGGAAGUCAAAAGCAUGUAAGGAAAUACUCAAUUCCGCCAUCUCAUGACAUGUUUUCUCAAUAUUUAAAUGUUGGAUCUAAUUCUAAUAGUUUAUUCGCUAUAGCUAACAACGAAACAAGCAUUUUAUUGACACAAUUUUCCAGAGAAGGAGAUAAUAUUUACCAUACUGCUCAUAAUUAUUGUUAUGAUUCUCACAGAUAUUCCUCAACAAUUACUGGCAGCGAAAAUAAUACUAUGACUUGUAUAUUAUUAAGGAAUGAAACCAUCAAUACCAAGUUCCAAUCUAAUUUAGCACUUCAUUUAUCAUUAUACAAUGGUGAAAAUGAAAAGACCUUUAGUGAUUUAAUAAUAAAGGUCUAG